AUAACUAAUUAACAAUUAACACAAGAUAAACAAAUAAUAAAUAAUAAAUAAUUAUACAACAGGUUAUUUUAAUAUUUAAGAAAAAUGAAUGAUAAUAAAGAAGUACAAGAGGAAAUUCAAGAAAAUGUUGAUGAAGUAAAAGAAAAUGUUGAUGAAGUAAAAGAAACAGUAGAGGCAAAAGUCGAAGAAGUUAAAGAAGAUAUUAAUAAAUUAAAAGAUGAUGUUAAAGGUGUCGCAGAGAGUGUUAGUAACACUAUUAGUUCAAAGGUUGAAGCAACAACAUCAUCUGCUAAAGCUGCUAUCAACGAAAUCAAAAAUGAAGUUAAACAGGCAGUUUCUGGCAAUGCUGGUUGCCCAUACUCUAUGAAUGGUGAAUUCUCUAUUUGUGGUCAAGUUUGCAAACUUUCUAAGGUUGUUCAAAAGAAUCCAUCCUUUGAAUGCGUUAAAAAAAUUGUUUUAUGGGAAGACCUUAUUCAAAGUGGACUUUUAUUCGCCAUUAUUAACGUAGUUUUCUUUUUAGUUACCUUUUCAAACUAUAGUUUAUUCUCAUUAUUUGGUUAUACCGCCUUUACUUUUACUAUAACAUCAAUUCUUUUCAAUAUUAUUUCAAUAGUUUUAAUUAGACAUGUUCAAGGUGUCAAAUUAGACAACCCAUUCACCGACCAAUUAAAAACCCUUAGUUUCCAUGUUCAUGAAGCUGUUAUUGAAAAACAAGUUAAUAAUAUUGGUGAAAUCGUUAAUACUAUUUUAGGUAUUGCCAAAGAUAUUUUUGGUUGCAAGAGUCUUUACCUCUCAGCCCAAUUUGCUGUUGUUUUCUAUUUAAUUGGUAGAGUUAGCAAAUGCUUAUCAAAUACUGGUGUUCUCUAUGUUGUCUUCCUCGCUUCAUUCCUUCUUCCAAAACUCUAUGUUGAAAAGAAAGAAUUAAUCGAUCAACAAUGUGCUAAGAUCUCUGCUCUUAUCAAAGAACCACUCUCAAAACUUCACACUUUUAUCCCAAAUUCACAACCAACCACCACUUCAAAAAAAUCAAACUAAGUUUUAAUUAAAAUGAUAUAUAUUAUUUUUAUUUCCUAUAAUUUCAUAAUAUAAAAAAAAAAAAAAAAAAAAUAUAAAUAAAUUAAUAAUAUUGUACACUUUUUU